CACCGGCUACCCACAAAUUUCUGGGAAGACUCCCGGUGUUUCCGGAUUCCUCCACAUGUACUUAUUAUUUUCUCGGAGAUAAUUCACAAAAGGAACGUGCAACAUUCGGUUUUUACUCUCCAAUCUUCAUUAACUAACAUUUUUGUCGGGAAAAAAAAAUACAAAAACAUUUUAGUUCGAUGAAUUUGAUGCCUUCACGAGUACCGAGAAACUUGAUCGUGACAGGGAGUAUCGAAUUCCAGUUUUCGCGGUGUCGAAUUACUCUCGAAGCCAUCAGAUAUGACUCUUAAGCCGAUGAAAGUCACUCCUCCAAUGAGAAAAAAAAAGCUGAGAAAAAUUGCUGAAGCUGAAAGGGUAGACAUGUUUUUGCGGUCCCAAGAAUCUCCUCUAUUUUUCUCCAAAGUGAUUCCAACAAAAUAUUUCAACAACAAUCGCUUCAAAUUCAAAGUGAAAUACCCCAGUGAUUCCAUUUGUGAUUCCUAAGUUCAGCUAAAAGUGAAGUUUAAGUGAUAUUCUCGUGUUCAGUGAGUUCAGUGCAUUUUCAUUGGAUUACUUCGAUCAUUUCCAGAUUACUCAGAGGCUGGACGAGUCCAGGACACCGGUGAAAGUUGGACAAAGGCAGAAUGUUGGCGGCUGGACAGAGCUCCGCGUCGCCCGUGGGGCUGGUGCCGGCGUCCAUACAGGGGGCACCGUGCACGCAGUGCAGAGAGCUGUGUCCCACCGGUUAUGUGCCCCACUUCUGGCGAAAGGUGUGCAGGAGCUGCAGGUGCCCCAGGGAGGAUCACCAUCGGCCAAGUAUCGAGGCACCAUCGGGCCUUGGCCUCUCUCCGGCAUCACCAAUGGCUAUGGCUAUGGCAUUCCAGGGGCCCUCGGCACCUGGGGCGGGGGGUCAACAUCAGGAGGCGUUCAAGAGUCCUGUUCAACCUCCGCAACUUCAGGAACCACUUGUACAUCAUCAGAGGCUAUCCCAGAGCGAUGAUGACAGUGGUUGUGCGCUUGAGGAGUAUACCUGGGUUCCACCUGGAUUAAGGCCUGAUCAGGUUCACCUGUACUUCAGCUCCUUACCCGAGGACAAGAUACCGUACGUUGGUAGUGCGGGUGAGCGUGAGCGAGUGAAACAGCUGCUCCAACAGUUACCACCGCACGACAAUGAGGCAAGAUACUGCAGUGGUCUUGCUGAGGAGGAGAAGCGUGAGCUUCGUGUAUUCGCAGCUCAGAGAAAACGUGAAGCACUUGGUAGAGGACACGCGAGUCAACUUGAACGACCUCAUGGCAGUGGUUGUAGAGAAUGUGGUAGGCCAAUUGCUGCUGGUGAAAUGGCUGUUGGUGCGAGUAGAGCUGGACCGACAGCACUAUGGCAUCCAGCCUGUUUUGUUUGCUGUGUUUGUCGGCAAUUAUUGGUUGAUCUCAUUUACUUCUGGAGAGAGGGUAGAUUGUACUGUGGAAGACAUCAUGCAGAGACCCUCAAGCCAAGAUGCUGCGCUUGCGAUGAGAUUAUCCUUGCUGAUGAGUGCACAGAGGCGGAAGGAAGGGCUUGGCAUAUGAGGCAUUUCGCGUGCCUCGAGUGUGACAGACAGCUCGGCGGACAAAGGUAUGUGAUGCGUGAGGGUCGUCCUUACUGUCUCCACUGUUUCGACGCCUCAUUCGCUGAGUACUGUGACAGCUGCGGUGAACCCAUUGGCGUUGAUCAGGGUCAGAUGUCUCACGAGGGUCAGCACUGGCACGCUACUGAGGCUUGCUUCGCUUGUGCCACCUGCCGUACAUCGUUAUUGGGGAGACCUUUCUUGCCACGAAGAGGAGCGAUAUAUUGCAGCAUCGCCUGCAGCAAAGGCGAACCGCCCACAACACCCAGUGACUCGUCCGCUGGACCUCCACCACCGCCUCCCGCCUUUCCGAGACAAGCACGGAAGGCUCCGCCGACAAGCGAGGGUUCGUCAAGCCCCCCACCCCCGCCCUCCACAAGGCAUCACACCCUCCACGCACCAGGAUCGGCGAGGAACUCCCCAAGACUGACACGGAAGCACUAUCAAGCUUCAGUUUCUCUGGCAACAACCCCGACUCAAGUGAACGUUGGAGAUUUCGGAAGCGAGGGUCUCCCAUCGGCUGGGUCACGACCUGGUGGUCUAGACCGAGUUAUACUUGAAAGAAAUCUCGAGAGAUUGCUGCAGGAACGCACUCCCCACCCCGAAGAAGCACCUUCGGAGUUUGGAAGGCUGUUGCAGGCACGAGAUAGAGAGCCCCUACGUUGUGUCCCCAAUUGUCCACCGACCCAUGCCUCAAGUAUGCCAGAGUUACCACCUCCUGCCCAUUUAGCCGGUCAUUCCACAACUCUACCGCCUCAAACCUCAAACGUAACUGAUGUGCCAACGGACACAACAGAUCUCUGCGGCAAUCCGACCAUGAUAGACCCUCCAACACCCACAUCGAGACGGGUGAGAUUUCAGGGUGAUGAUCACCAUGGAAUUUCCGCCUCUGCUGCCCCAUUGCCUGGAAGUCCUGGGACACCUCCUUCACCCUCAAGAUCUCAAGUACCGAGAUCCAGAAGUUUACAGCCUGAUGAAGUUGCUAGCACAUCUUGGGGGAGCGUAGGUUCUAGAACUCGAAACGAGGACGAAGAGAGUUGCUGUUCAACCUGCAGUUCCUCCAGUAGUUCAGACGAGGCCGCCGCCUAUUCACUGCCCCCACGACGAGCCUACGGUGGCGUGAGGAUAUCCUAUGUACCCAACGACGCUGUUGCAUGUGCCAGACGACGUGGACCCACCGCAUCCACAUCGCAAUCGCAAAAAGACGCCGAGAAAUGCGUCAUAUCCUGAUCGUUCACAUUUCUCCGAUUCCCAGGAUGAGGGCAAAAAGUGGAAAACGAAUGAAGAAGCGAAGAAGCUUCCAAAAAAGAGAACAUUGUUUUUUGUGUACCUCGAGCUGUACAUAAUGCAUCUGAGUUAAAUUCGUACUAAAGUACAGUGUAAUUAAUAUUAUUAGAAUAAUUAAUACUUCUUUUUGUAAAUAUCGAAAACAUAUCGCAGUCUGGAAUGUAAUAAAGACGAAGAAAAAUUUAA